CAGAUGUAGGAACUGACAUUUUCAGUUCAGAAACAGCCCGGAACAGUAAGUUGUCAGGACUCUUCCUGUUUUAGUUAUUCCACAUAUGGGGUUUAAAAUAACUCAAUUCAUAUUAAAAAGGUACCCGUGUGACAUUGUACAGCAGAGGCACUGGCAGUGUCGUUGAACAAUUUUGAGAACGCCAUGGCAGUUGAGGGCGAAGAAGAAAAAACAAAGUCAUUCAAACUCCUGGGAAUCCUUGACAUCCAGAAUAUUCCCUGUGCCAGAGGGGCUGUGCUGCAUGGCUCCGCUGCGUCCAUCUUCGUUGGUUUAGGACACUUCUUAGCAACAAGCAGAGUCAAAAGAUCUUUUGAUUUUGGUGUAGGAGGGUUCAUAUUGACAACGCUGGGAUCUUGGUUCUACUGCAGAUACAACAAUGCUAAGCUUCGAAUUCAGCAAAAACUGAUCAAAGAUGGAUUAAAAAACAAAGUCAUGUAUGAAGGUACCAGUCUGGACCCAACAAGAAAACAGAACAGCAGUCAAGGGGGUGGGUCAUGAUGGACAAUAGAUAACUGACUAAAGUGGAUGUUCUACUGGAAACCCAUACUAAUCAACAUGUUUUAGAAGCAGUGCCUUUUCCUUAAGGGACAUAAAAGCUUCUAGUGAAAAAUACUACUAUAAAUACUAUUAUGUUCAUGUUUUGUACUGUCUUACAAAGUGAGCCAUUGCAAGCAUAUACUGAAUAAAAUGUUUUAUAUUUAA